AUGGUGUUGCAUUUCUUAUUUAAUACCAGCAUAAUGAUUCAAUUAAUUGAACAUCAGCUGUAUGAAAUUUGUUUAAUGUUUACGAAUACAAUUUUCCACAGUGCUAGAGGAAGAUAUUGGAAUAGUGGGAAUGUGAAAGAGAUGGAGAAAGCUAAAGUAAGCUGUGGGAACUGUGAUAAGUGUGAUAAAUUGGAGGCACGACCAAUCGAAACAAAUAAACAAUUGUGGGAAUUCGAUAUUCGAAGUAAGGAUGUGAAUUGGCGGGAAAUAGUGGUACCAUUAGCGCCAAGACAAAAUGCAGUCUAUUUGGGCAAUUUGUUUCCAUAUCUCAGCAGCAAUCGUCGCAAACUCACCGAGGAGAACAAGAAGGAAGUUCUCGUCUGCCAUGACAUGAUGGGGAAUUAUUUAGAAGACCGGUUUUACCAUUCCUCUACAAAAUACGAUGAUUAUCGAUUCUUUCAUUGGUCCGGAGUGGAUUACUUUUGUUACUUCAGUCAUAAAUACAUUACCAUACCUCCUUGUGGCUGGAUCAAUGCUGCACAUUCUCACGGAGUAAAAGUUUUAGGAACCUUCAUAACUGAGAGUUCUCCACCUUUGGAAGAAGUUUUACGGACUAAGGAUAGUAUAGAUAAAACAAUUGAAGCUCUUGUUAAACUGUGUCAGCACUUUUACUUCGAAGGAUGGCUUCUUAACAUUGAGUGUAGAGUUGCCAAAGGUCUCAUGGAGAAACUUUUUUAUUUCGUGGAGCAGCUAAGAGCUCGUGUAAGGAAUGAAGUGGAAAAUGGUGUAGUUUUCUGGUAUGACAGUGUGAUCGACACAGGAGAUCUCAUUUGGCAAAAUGAGAUCAAUGAGCAAAAUAUUAAAUUUUUCAAGCUCAGCGAUGCAACAUUAGUAAAUUAUACCUGGAAUGAGAGGAGCUUAGAGAGAACAACUGAUGUAUUGAAAGCCCAUGGACAACCUGCUUCUAAGUCGUUUUUUGGAAUCGACAUCUUUGGCCGAGGUCAAGUGGCGAAAUUUCAAACCAAACAAACUUUGGGAAAAAUUUUCAAAACUAACUUCUCAUAUGGUUUCUUUGCUCCUGCUUGGACCUUUGAGACUCUUGGUCAAUUUGGAUAUGACAUUAAAAAUUCUGAUGGAAAUGAUCAAGUGAAUGAAGCAUUUCUCUUGAGAAAUGACAAAUUUUGGUGGUCGUUCUGGGAGUACAUUCCAACGCAUCCAUAUGUCAUGCUUCCAUUGUACACCGAUUUUUGUCUUGGAUCUGGGAAGGCUGUCUAUGAGUUUGGGCAGAAAGUAAGGAAUAGCAGCCAGUUCUUCAGUUUGUCAAAACAAUCAUUACAACCAUCUGUGCCUCUGUAUGGUUGUGCCGAACGAAACUUUGACAAGGUUUACAAUGGUGGAUCUAGUUUGAAAGUUGUUCAAAGUGAAAUAAGCUUUCGCCUUUUCACGACCGACUAUGAAAUUGAUGGAACGCUUAUUUUCGCAUAUGCAUUUAAAUUGGAUAAAGAAGAUGGACAUUUGGAUUAUAUUCUGAGGUUGCAAAUAGAUGAGGAUGAUGGUGAAUGUUUAUUGUUCCUAGGGGAUUAUUUGCGGUCGAAAGUCGAACCUGGCAGAUGUUAUUUAUCUGCAAUAACUGACAAUUAUAUUGAUACACUUAAAAGAGUUCUUGAUGAAAGUGCAGUUGAUCUUAAGAUCCCAUUAAGUGGUGAUGAUAAUUGGAGAAUUCGUUAUUAUGUGUUAAACUUUGAUACAACAGUGUACGUUAAAGAUAUUGGUGUCCUUUUUAGAAAGGCGUCAUUUGCAAAUGACGUAGCCUACCUGGGAGCUGUUUAUCUAAAUAAUAUUGAGAGUAUCACUCUUCCUCGGGAUAGUAAUGCAAUGUACCUCAAAAUAAAAGAGGACUUUCUAAUGCAUUAAUGGAUUUAUAAAUUUAAGAAAAUAAAAAAAUAAGAAAAAACUUAAGCAUAUAAAAAUAAAUAAACACGAUUUAAAUUUGUUAAA